GGUGUGAAUUAAUCUGUGUAUCUGUGAAUUAAAUAUAUUUGGGGGUUUUAGACAUAGGUCUUGGAUUGGAUGGUUAGUUGAACAUAGAAGCAAUUUUAAGAUGUUCACCUUUAGCUCCAUUAAACUGAUGGAUACGUUUCAAUACUUCACAUCAUUUUGUAGACGACUAAUAGAUUUAUAGAUCAUAAUAGAUAAUUAAUAUUUUGGUUUAAGGAAAAUAACUAUGAGUCGCUCGCAACGGGAUAUUGGUUGAUUUGAGUAAAUGUCCUGCAGUCCCUGAAAGCAGCACUGUCUGCAUCGUAGGGGUGCGGUUUAUUGUAAGCCAUACUUCUCUUCACGCGGAAGAAACAAAAACACGGUUACACCAAUAAACCGCGAGAACACGCGGGCGGUAAGAGAAGUCCAAAACACAUUCAUCUGACUUUAUAUAUUUUUAUAGUUGGAGUUAAAUAUCGGCAUCAAAGUGUCCGACAUGUUGCAUUUAAUUUGACAAAAGUAAACAGAAGAGUAACUCCGCUCGCGACGUGGCUGAUAACAAAGUGACAGACCAAGCAGCAGCCACACGUGCACGUUUCCUCUUUUUAGGACGGAAGACUAAAACAUUAUUGCCCACGUUCUCCGUUUUCUGCCAUCUCCGGUGUUUCUUCUACCUCGUGCGACAGUUGUCGGUGACAAGAUGGAGAAGCAGCCCCUGCCAACAGACGAUGACAAGACCGGAACCACUGAGGUCGACGGCCACGCUGACGAGGACGGCCAGCCGGCCUCGUCUGAGCCCGUCGCUCGAGCAGGAUGGAACAGUAAAAUAGACUAUUUUUUGGCUCAGGUGGGAUUCAGCGUUGGGCUCGGCAACGUCUGGAGGUUUCCAUAUUUGUGCCAUCAAAAUGGAGGGGGAGCUUUUCUCCUCCUGUAUGUGCUGCUGAUGCUGAUCAUUGGCAUUCCCUUGUUCUUCCUGGAGCUGGCAGCCGGUCAGGCCAUCCGACAGGGCAGCAUCGGCGUGUGGAAGUACAUCUCCCCCAGGCUGGCAGGGAUCGGCUACUCCAGCUGUGUGGUGUGUUUCUUUGUGGCCAUCUACUACAAUGUGAUCCUCGCGUGGAGCCUUUUCUAUCUCGGGAACUCGUUCCAGUACCCUUUACCUUGGGAACAGUGUCCAAAAGAGGGGAAUUUAACAGUAAAGGAAUGUGAGAAGAGCUCCCCCACAUCGUAUUUCUGGUACCGCAAGGCUUUGGAUAUCACAGACUCCAUCGAUGACACGGGCUCUUUUAACCCUUACAUCGUCUGCUGUCUGCUGGUGGCCUGGACCGUCGUGUGCCUGGGAAUGUUCAAGGGAAUCAAGAGCUCUGUCAAGGUGAUGUAUUUCUCCUCCAUCUUCCCCUACGUGGUGCUGUUCUGCUUCCUCGUCCGAGGGCUCAUGUUGGAUGGGGCCUUGGAUGGAAUCGCCUACAUGUUCUACCCCAAGCUGGAAAUCUGGGCAGACAUUCAGGUGUGGCGGCAGGCAGCCACUCAGGUCUUCUUUGCUUUAGGCCUUGGCUUCGGGUCCAUCAUCGCCUACUCCUCCUACAAUCCCAAGAACAACAACUGCCACCGUGAUGCCUUCACCGUCGCCACCAUAAACUUCCUCACAUCUCUGCUCGCCUCUCUGGUGGUGUUUGCUGUGCUCGGCUUCCGCGCCAAAGACAAGGCCCUGGCAUGUGUGGCCAGUAAUAUGAAGCAGUUAUCAGAGCAGUUUCUCAGCAGUAAUGUGGACACAAACCUGAUGCCAAGCUUCAACUAUUCUGAUCCCGGUUCUGUGGCUCUAGAGGACUACAGGGACUGGUUUAAACAGAAUGGAGAUAAGGUCCCUGGCAAUUUAACAGACUGUGACCUGGAAAAAGAGAUGCAGCAGGGAGUGGAGGGCACAGGCCUAGCUUUUAUUGCCUUCACAGAGGCCAUGUCACUCCUGCCUGGCAGCCCCUUCUGGUCAGCGCUCUUCUUCCUCAUGCUGCUCAACUUGGGACUCAGCACCAUGUUUGGCACUAUGGAAGGCAUCCUCGCCCCACUCACUGACCGCUUCAAAACUCUGGCCAACAAUAAGACCAAAUUCACAAUUUUCAGCUGCAUCCUGGGCUUUCUAAUCGGCCUGCUCUUCACCCAGCGGUGUGGGAACUACUUUGUGAUGAUGUUCGAUGAUUACUCUGCCACUCUGCCCCUGAUCAUUGUGGUGGCUUUUGAGACCUUCAGCGUGUCUUGGCUAUAUGGAGCUGAUAGGUUCCUUGAUGACAUUGAGGCGAUGCUGGGCUGGCGUCCCCAUGCGAUUUACAAGUACCUGUGGAAAUACAUCUGCCUGCUUGCUAUGCUGGGGCUGCUGGGCGCCACCACCAUUCGCAUGUUCAUCAAACGCCCCAUGUAUUUGGCAUGGAACCAAGAGAAGGGUUCUGAUGAGUACCUGGAGUACCCAGGCUGGGCUCUGGCUGUUUUGGCUUUACUGAUCAUAUUUGCUGUGAUGCCCGUCCCAGUGGCCUUCAUCCAUGCUGUUCUGCAGGACAGGACAAAGCAAACAACCAGAGGAACAGAGACCGGUCAGUACCGCAUUGUUAGCACCGAUGACAACUGUGAAACUCCGAUGACUGACAUGUCAGAACUGAGUCAAAAGAACGGUACCGCUGCGUCCUUUUCCUAAACACACGGACAUGACGUUACACGGUGGAAAAGGACCAUCGGCACGCAAUCCAACUUUCAGCGUGCCGUUUUAAAGGACAAUUGAAUCUCACCAAUUUUGGUGGGACAAAGGUUAUUUUAAUAUUUAAAAGCUUUUCCACUUUAUUUUUUCCAAAAUACCCAAAGGACAAAACUGAAAAAAAACCUGCUUCAACAAGUGCAACUUUUAAAAGAAGUGUUCUAUUUGGAAAAUAUGGAAUAAACAAUUUCUUGCUGCUUGGUAACACAAGGUAGCAUUUCCAAUGACUGUUAAUUGUUCAAAUCAUCAAAAAGAAUGUGUCUUAAGUUUCAUUAUUAGCCGUAGACACUUGUCCAUUGAUCCAACUUUGUAAUCUGUUUUACAUCACAGUGAAUGUUACAAUUGUUAUGACAAUUAUUUUAGGCUGUGCUUAAGAUUGUGACUUGUAAAAAUCAGCUGAGCCUGAAUUAAAUACCAGAAAAUGGCAGCAUCACCGUACUUGUGUGUGAAGCAGCACAUGUUUGUCUAGUCGUGAGCUGCACCUGUGCUGUCGCUGGAUGGUACUUCAGUGGAGGAUAAUCAGGACGGCCAGAGAGGAAAUGUAUCCGCUCUGUUUUGCCACGAUGACAUAUUUUCCUCAGAGCUAAUCGACUGCAGUUGUUUAUGAGACUGUUACGUCAGGAAAGAGUAAACUCAGCUAUGUUGAGAUUAAAUGCAGCUAUUGGGUACGGUAUUAGUGCUCUUCAAUACAUCUCACCACAGCUCAAACAAACACCAGAGUCACUGUUUCGGUUCUACAGUUUGAUAUUACGCUGUAAGUAUGCUUUGUGUCUGCAGCAGCGCACUGCAUUUCAUACUCCACAUGUCCCAUAUGUUAACAUUCUCUGUCCAAACAACCUGGAAUCCAACUACUGCUACACUGAAUCAGAGCACUCGCGUUUUUUAGCUUUGUGGCGAUUGCUAUUUUAACAUUUUUAUAUUGGUAAAAAGUUUGUCAAGUGAUGGCAUGGUACAAAUAUUAAGGUUAACGCUUGUAAUGUAAAUAUGUAUAAAGUAUUUGUAGAAAUUCUUCAUGAACAAAUGUAAUUGAAAAUGCGUGGGAUUUUCUGUUAUUUUUUAUUUGUAAAUUAGAAAUUUUGAUGAUACAUUUUUUUGUUAAGCUCAGGUUUAGGAGGAAACUAGUUUGUCUUAAACAGGCUGGAUGAAGCUACUCCUUUACAUCAGAGUUAAGUGUAGUGUAAGAUAGAAGUAAUGUGUUUAUUUUGUAAAAAGUAUGUUUGUUUUUUUUACUUAAAUGCUUGGUCAUCAUUGUCUUCUCAAGGUCAUUUUUCUGAAAACAAAGGUGUAGUUUAUUUUCCAUUUUCAGUGAGUUACUGUCAGUGUGAAUCGUCCUCAUGUUGUUGUGUGUAUAUAUGUAUCAAAGUGAAGUGCCUUCACAUUUAAUCAGGCCGACCAGAGAGACUUAAAGUCCCUUUUUAAUCGUUCAUGUAGUCUGCAAGUCUGCAUAAAAUGAAUUUGUGAGAAAAUGUAAUAUAUUUGAAAUUGUAUUAAAAACUUUCUUUCAGAA